AUGACUGAUGGCAUGCUUUUCCGCGAAGCACUCGUCGACCCCUUGCUCAGCCGGUACAGUGUCAUCAUGAUUGACGAAGCGCACGAGCGCAGCGUUUACACGGACCUUCUGUUGGGCAUACUCAAGAAGAUACGCCGAAAACGCCCUUCGUUGCGUCUCGUCGUCUCUUCCGCUACUCUCGACGCUUCCGCCUUCUUGGACUACUUCAUCUCCGGGAACACAUCCGACGAAGCAACGAUUGUCAGUUUAGAAGGUCGUGCCUAUCCCGUCCAAAUCGCUUAUGCCCAAGAACCAGUGCCCGACUACGUACAAACAGCUGCAGAAGUCGUGUGGAACAUUCAUAUGCAGAACACCGCAGGAGAUAUCUUGGUUUUUCUCAGUGGCCGUGAGGAGAUAGACAGGUGCCUGGAGACGUUGGCAGAGAUGCUCCCGACGCUCUCGACCGAGGAACAGAUGAGAGUCUUUGAGCCUGCAGACCGAGGGGUAAGGAAGGUGAUCAUCGCGACCAACAUCGCUGAGAUUCGAACGUACAAUCCCACAACGACGAUGUCGUCUCUGACCACGGUCCCCAUCUCGCAAGCUUCCGCGACACAACGCGCCGGUCGCGCUGGGCGAACAUCAGCCGGGUUCUGCUACAGGCUGUACACCGAACAGGCGCACAGUCAGCUGCGAGUUACUACUCCUCCUGAGAUUGCGCGGACAGAUCUCACAACACCCAUCAUCCAACUGAAGUCGUUGGGGAUCGAUGACCUCAUGAAGUUUGAAUGGGUCUCUUCACCGCCUGCCGAAAGCAUCUUGCGUGCUCUUGAAGGAUUGUUCAACGCGGGGAUGAUCGACGAAGACGGCAGAUUGACCGUCAUGGGUUCGAAGGUGGCCGAGUGCCCGAUCGAGGUCAACUUGGCUCGUAUGUUGUUCACAUCGAAAGAUCACAAGUGCGGAGAUGAAAUCCUCACCAUCGCAGCCAUGACAACCAUUCAGGACGUGUUCGUCAUACCAGAAGGCGCACCGGGAGCGCUGGCGGAGCUGGAGCGACGAAAAUUCACCGCCGAAGAAGGGAUACGGACGGUCGUCGUCCUGGUGCAAAUCCCACGCAUUGUCAUUCCGCGCAAUGUCACGGGCAGUCUCUAUUCGAGCGCAGUUGAAAAAAUACAUGCAAAGAUUCGGGCUUCCGCUGGAAAGUUGCGAAGGGGACGCAAAGAGACUGCGCAAAUGUUUGGUGCUUCACGUACACCCGCAUUCCGUUUUGUUCACGCGGAAGCCUCGGUCGGGAUGGGUAAUCUUUCAUGA